AUGGGCGACAGGCAACUGUGUUGUGAAACAGCCUUCCCAAACAGAACAAAGCUUUUUUUUUUCUAUUUACCUCUCGUAGACGUGGACGAAAGUGACCAUUGGGGGCUUCAAAUCGAAGACUGUAAAACUCAGAAAGCAUGGUCAGUCGGUGAUUUUCACCGUGCACUCUUCCCCGGUUGUGACUCUCCUCACCAAACAUUACCUAAUAGAGAUGGAAGAAGCAGAGCAAAGAGGUGAAAGACUGAAAGCAAUGCGUCUUGAGGCCGCUCAGGUUGAAGUUUUUUGUAGUGUUGACAUUUCUACAACAAAGGGAUGUCUUUCCAAUCCGUUAAUCGAACCUUAUUCAACCCCACUAACCAAGGAAAACUCACUUUCUGUUCCAAGGUUUGAUUAUUAUACAGACCCUAUGUCAGCUUUCUCUGGUAACAAGAGGAGGAGGAGCAGUUUGCAGAUGCCACAGGAUGAUGUGUUCCCUUCUAUUAGUAGUGGUUCUCCUGUGGUUAGGGUAUCAUCACAUCUUUCUGGUACUAUACUCUUCGUAAAAAUAUCUCCCUUUAUUUAAUUCUUGUUUUCAUUUGGUAGACUAUUUGGCAAUACAGAACAUUGUGGUUGUGGCCUUGUGGGUAAUGUGGGGGUGGGCUUAGAAAGUCAACAGUUAAAGCUCUAUUAUCAAAUUUGGAGUCCCAAUGAAGGAAUACAAGUUGCAAAUUGAAACCACCUUUCAUAGUCAAUAACAAUUCAGUCUCAGUCAACAAUACCAAUGUGAUUGACUUCUAUUGUCACAGCUAUCCUUGUUAUCUGUUGAUCUGUCAGUGUAAUGUCUAUUUCCAUUUUGAUCUUCCUCUUAUCAUUCAAUGACUUUUUUACGUAUUCAUCAAUCCCCAGCUCUGCUUUCUCUGUCCUUCAUACUUUGUGCUAUUGUAUUGAAUUCAUGGAAUUGCCCCAUUAUUAGAAGACUGUAUAAACAGUUGCAAAAUUGUAACCGACUUCCCAAACAAAAUUCAUCAACAGUAUUGUCCAAGGCGGUGCUGAUUACUUCCAAAGUAUAGCCACUAUGAAACCAGGCUAGUGCUUGGCUUUUCAGUUUUCUUUUUAGCUUUCCCAGUGCCCAGGGUCAACUUGGCAUUUGUUAUGUUGGACCACUGCCUUAUUUCAUUUAAUGUUGGUUUAUAUUUUUUUUUCACCUGUGUGCCAAAUAACUCAUUUAUCUGUAAUGGCGGUUUAUGUAAAAUAUAAGGUUGGUAUGCUGUACAGAUAAGACAUGAUUGGAAGCAUUUUGUAUUUUUUUUCAACAUAGUAGCAGAGAUGACAGCCCAAGAGACAAGUUAUUUUCUCACCUCUUCAUCAUUUAAACCAUGUACCAACUAUAUAUGGAGUUGGGUACAUGAGUCCCGUUCCACCAUUCAAUCCUGUUCUGUACCAUAUCCUUUGUUAAUUGUGGGCCCAUUAAAUCAUUUCUACCUACUUCAAUCCAUGUCCUUUUUGGUCUAAACCUAGUUCUUUUAACCCUUCAACAAUAUAUUGGUUCUGGUUUCAUGUGGACGAGGAAGAGACACCUGGCUAACAAAGGGUUCCCUAUAAGUUGCAUGGUCUGAAUUUGUCAUGUUACCCUCCACAUAGAAGGAAACCUUUUAAGUCUUUUAGGUACUGUACCUUUUUGGGGGCCAUUUAUUGGUGCAAUAAUAACACCUAAGGCUGACAAAUGUUGACAGUCAAGAAUAUUGAUUCAAGUCUGACAGCACAGAGUAGCCACUUUGUGCUAAAAUGCAAGCUAGGUUUAUAUCCUGUCCACCCUCCCAAGACUAUGGAUACCUGGGACCAAUAUUGGGUAAUGGUCCUUUCAUGUGUUUGCGUUCUUGAAGUCACUGAAUAAUUUUCUAGGUCAUAUUGAUGAAACUAUUUCAUUAUUGUCCCAUGUUGUGUGAUUUUUGGUCCAAGAUGCAUAUCAGGAGAGAGGGAGGAAUUUGCUAGAUGGGUUACAUGAAUCAAGUGGGUAAUGUUAAAAGGUUAAAACAUUCAAUGACUAACAUUUGUUAGGGGACCCCUAUACAAGGUUAGGUAUAGAGCAGACAUGGAUGGGAGGAUGGAAAAUCUGGCUUAUUUGAAGGUUCCCCUGCCUGGGUGGAUGGUUUAAAUCUGCCACACUAUCACUCCACAUGGCAGAAAUAGGUAGGUCAUGAAGGGAAGUUUCGUACCUGACCCAAAUAAGGAACCUUUUUCCUGCGCUGUGUGAAAAAAUGAUCAUUUGUCCUUGUUUUAUGAAUCAUAAUGUUCUUUAAAACUAUUGGUUAAAUAAUAUAUUGUGCAGGGAAUAUUGGUUCAUCUGAAUCUGAUCUGUUGUAUGUAAAAAAUUACGUAUGCCCAAGUCUGAGAAGUGAGAACGUUCAAUUUUUCUUUCUUUCAACUCAGCAGGUACAAGGAGUCCUUACAUGUUUUCUUCUCCUGCUCAUCAGUUACAAACUAGUUAUUCUCCUGAUCCGAAAACAUAUGAAACAAAUAUGGUCCUUCAUGGCUCUGAUUCCUGGGGAAGCCCAGGUGGAAUGGCUAGUCCCUUUCUUGGGCAUCAAGGAACUCCCGGGGCCUAUAACAGAUAUGCAGGUGUGUCUGGUUAUAGUUAUAGUUUUCCCUUCAAUUCAUCAAGGAGUGGUGGUAUCCCCAGUCCCUGUCUCAGACGAGGAGGCAGCUCCAGUUCUGGUUCAGGAAAAGGCAGCAGUUUUCGUUCUGGAAAUGGUUCAGGUUGGAGAGGUAGUGGUAAUCCUAGUUCAGGAAGAGGCAGCCAUUACCGUUUCUACAAAAGUCCUAGCAACGGUUCAGGACGGGAUAGAGGAAGAGGGUGGAGCUUCCAUUCUUAUGUCUCAGCACAGGAUAGGCCUGAAUUGUUUUACAGCAAGUCCAUGAUAGAUGAUCCAUGGAAGUUCUUGAAAACCUAUGAUUUGUAGAUAGUUCUUCCACUAAAGUGUCAAGAUACCCUUGGCCCUCUAAGAUUUGGGCUUCCAAAAUCAAUUAGCACGAAAAGGCAAGACUCCCAGAAAUUAUCAAUGAGUUCAGUCAAUUCCCUUUUGAGGAGGCUGUUAAUGAUGCCACAAGUGUAUGAGAGUAUGAAAUGGGAAGCUUGAACCUUGAGCUACAGUCAAUUCCCUCAUUACGUUCUAUUUUAGGCAAGUUUCAUUUGGUCAAAAGAUGGAAGUUCGACUCAUGCACCCAUGUCCUCACCUUGUUCUGUCUAUUUGGACAGCUGACAACUUCAAUGUAACUCUGAUAAUUCUCAACUCGGGUUAGCUCCAAAUAGAAAACUGAGCAUAUUCUAGAACGGUGGUGAUUUACAAAUUUGUGAAGGCUUUGAACAUUAGAUGUGAAGGGAUGAGAGAUCCAUCCUAUGGACGCCCAA